GAUCCAGGUCGGUCGCGGAGAGGGUCAACAGGAGGAGCAGGAGCUGCCACCAGCGGACACAGCCAGACUAGAGGCGCCCUUCCAGACAAGAUGAGGACAAGCGGCGGCGUGGUGUGCUGGGUGGCGGUGUGUGCCUGCCUGGUGGCGCAGCUGGCGGCAGCUGCCGAGGAACAGCAGCGGCAGAUCCGGCUGGAGGACAUUGAGCGCGACACCCUCAGCAGCGCCAAGGAGAGACAGCAGCUGCAGCAGCAGCCGCAGCCCCAGCAGCAGCAGCUGUACGCGCAGCAGCAGGUCCAGCAGGUGCCACAACAGCAGCAGAUCCCCCUGGGCUACGCGCAGCUAGCGGAGCUGCAGCAGCAGCAGCAGCAGCUGUUCAGCCCAGCCACACUGCAGCAGCUGGCGGCCGCCUACCAGCCACAGGUAGCACAACACGUCCCCGCUGCGGCGGCUGCACAGGCGCCGCAGCUGCCGGGACAGCAGGUACUCUACGUGUCGCCCGCACAGGCACAGCAGCUGCAGCUGCAGGCACAACGGCAGCUGCUGGGUGGGGCGGCAGGUGCCGGCCUCCCCGUGUCUGCGUUCUACCAAGCACAGCAGCAGCCGGCAGCUGCAGCUGCUGCCGCUCUCCAGUACCAGCCAGCUGCUGCUAUCCCAGGAGCUGCGCUGGCAGGCGCCGCCUACCCGCAGCAGUACCUGCAGCAGUUCGCACAGGCGCCCGUUGUCAACAUCCCAGCACAGAGGGCGCAGUACAAGGUUCCAGCAGCCGCCCCCGCAGCUGCGGCUCAGCAGCAGUUCUACAUCUCCCCGGAGCAGCUGCAGCAGUACCAGCAGCCCCAGCAGCAGCAGGUGCAGUACGACUACAGCGCCCUCCUGCAACAGCAGCAGCUGCAGCAGCAGCAGCUGCAACAGCAGCAGCUGCAACAGCAGCAACUGCAACAGCAGCUGCAGCAGCAGGCCAAGCCCGACUACAACGCACUCGCCCAGCAGCAGGUGCAGCAGCACCUGAAGAGCGCACACGUCAAGUCCACGGCCGCCCCUCCAGCCAAGCAGCAGCAGCAGAGCCAGAGCGGUUUCGUGCCCAUCCAGGCCCCCACCCUGAGGCACCCGGGCAGGGGGGUCAGCUUCAGCCACUACCGCCAGGGUGCUUAACGUCACAGUGGUCCCCCACUGGGGUUUCCCAGCAAGGGCCCAGCUCAGUUCCAAAAUGCAUCACUUCACGCAACACUACUGUGCAUUACAAGCCUAUGUGGGCACAAACUCCCGAGAGUCCAUUGGUAUACCCAACAGCAUUGUUAAUGGAUACCAGUGCUGUGUUGACAAAAUGAAUAACUGGCCCAUCACUAUAACUGGGUACACGAAGCAAGGUGCUUCAGGAAAAUAUGUUAUUUGUGUCGUGUCCUAAUCUAUUUGUCACUGGCUUCACUUCACUUAUCAUAUGUCACUUUUAACUCGACAAUCAUAUGUCUCAUCAUAGCAUUUGCUCCACUCAUCCACAUUAUCAAAUCACAAUCGAUUGUUAGGGCCGACAGUGUUUUUGGAAGACACAAGUGAAAACUGAACAGCUAUCUCAAAUGGGUUCACCAAUCAAGAGACUUGGGAAAACAUGUUACUUGUGUUGUGUCCUACACCACUGGUAGAAGAUUAUGUAUCGAAAUCCCGAGUUCACAUCACCUGUCGUAUACCCAUUUCUAAUUCUACAAUCAUAUACUUCGCAAUAACAUUUGCUCUAGCCAUGCCACAUCACCAUGUCCAAACUGCAUCCCCGACAAUAACUGUGUAUUCAGGACCUAAACAAUUAGAAGUCUCAACAAUUAACAUAUUUUAGUGUCUUACUAUGGUAAGUGUGAGAACAGGGGGCCAACCAUCACAGCUCCAUUUCCCAUCUACAAACCUUGAAAGGAAACAUCUCAUAUGUAGAGUAGUGCCUUUGCUCAUAAUCCACAAUCAACUCACACAUCACGCAGCUGUUAUCUCGUAUCGCCACUAACUAACUAAUCAUACAAUGCUUGUUGCUUGCAAAUAGGGAGUUGGGCUUCAUAAUCCAUCAUUCAUUGCAGCAUCAUGCUUACAUACAACGCUAGCCAAAAACCAUGAGAUUCUUUGAUAGUGCACAAAAUUGGGAUGUGUGAAAUUUAUUGUCAACUACAGUGGCGCUAAUAAAUAAUCCAAGCUUUACGGAGGAUAUUCGUAACAAAGGUGAAUCUUCUCUGUAAAAUACUGUUUUCUUUUUACUACACAGUGUGUCAAAACGGCGGAAGACACAAACGUACAAGAAUUUGUUUUCUUGUGUUAACUACUGGGCGAACAGUCUCGGCUAUAUCAACUGUGCAUCCGUCACCCAACACAUAUUCUGUAGUUGCCACUGUAUCAUGUACAUAUCCAAGUCAAAUAGCAUCGCAGUAUCCAUUCAUCAGCGCAAUUAACCUCACAAACCACGCACUCACCUGCACCUAACUGUCAUAUUGUCCAUCAUCGCUAGAUUUUGUGAGGAACUAUGGACCUCAUUCAAUCACAAAAGUGAGUGAACUAUCUUAACUGUUUAAACUAAGACUGAAUUUUAUUGUCACAUAUCGCUUACACCAUUCAUUGCCACUUAUCAUUCAUGCGCGUCAUUAAAGGUACCUGGUUAUGUGUCCUAAAAUAAUCUUUUUCUGCUUUUUAUUAAGUCCAUGUUUUAUUCCCAUUCAGAUAAAAAAAAUAAUAAUCCGGGAAAGUAUAUCCAACUAUGGAUAAGGCUUCAUAUUCGGAAGUAUGUGUAACCUUUUCAUUCCCAGGAGAGUUAUGGUAGUGAUUAUUAACUGGCAUUUACGUUCCUCAUGUCGUUUCACGAUCACAGGAUUUUAUAACUAACCAUCGUUGUACAGCAGCUCAUCAGAGUAGACAUAGAUUAGAUGUUCAUGUAUUCCGUUUGCAUAUAAGGCUUAGGCUUAAUAAUCUGUAUAAAGAAGAUUGCCAUCCCUGUAAUCAGUAUUCAUGUACACAAUUCAUCGGUUUCUUAAUCACGUCACUUCAUCGAUCACGCUUUGCUACUGGUCCACAUAUCACGAACCAUCAGCACCAUUCAUUGCCAUUCGCGACGUCUAGAGUAUCUUGAAUCGUAAAGAACACAGGUUCUAAAUAUUCACUAGGAUAAUACUCUAACUGCACACACGUAAACAUCGCCUCAUACACCACUGCAUAGAUCAUCAUCACAUUUCAUAAACGGUCCUGGAGCUGUAAGUGCUGUUACUACAUGAAACAUCCUGCGGAUUAAUAUUUCAAGAGUGAACUAUGAAACUUGCUUACUAAAAGAGUUCUUUCAUUACCAUAGAUUUCAUUACAUUAACUCAUUUUACUUAGAGAGCCAGAAGAAGCUCCAAAUGUAAGUGCUCUCGACAUCAUUUUUCAUUAAUUGGACCAUUCUGACAAUGGAACUGCACUCAAGAAUGAAAAGUAAGGGCGUAAUGCACAGUUUGGAGUUGUUGAAUACUCUGAGUGAGAGAAAUGCUGUUUCGUUCUCCCAUAAACAAUUCUCACAUCAUUUUGGGAGCUGGACUCUGUAGGUGCUUGUCUCUGACGCAUGUAAAUGCUUGUCUUUCAUUAUUGUUUAGGAGCUCAUAAGAUGUAGCUCCACGUGCUUUCCUGUUAUGUUUACAUUCGUAUGAAAUAUGUAUGAUUGCACUGUAUUUUACCUAUUUGUACUUUUUUGUAA